AUGGCCUCCGCGAAGUUCCCGAAGCUCGCCGCGGCCCUCGAGAGGCGCGGGUCGGCGCUGGAUGCCGAGUCCCUUCGCAAGCUUCUGGACUCAGAGGCGAUGGUGAAGCUCUUCGAAGCCAACGCGGACUGCAUCUUGCCCGAGACCGCUUGCCCGUCUCCCGCCCCGGGCUCCGUUCCCAAAGGUCUUGGCGCCACAGCACCCUUCGGCACGGCCCGGCUGCGUGAGAUGGCCUUGGCACACUUCGAGGGCACCGUUGUUCAGGCCAUCGAUGCCCACUACCAUUCGGGCACCGAGGGCGAAGGCUGGACAGCUGAGGAGAGUUUGGCCCUCCACCACUUUCUGGCUGCUUUGGAGUAUCCCAUGAAUCCAGAGUACACGACCACGCUGGGCGUGCUGCGCGCGUGGUCCCGAAAGGGCGGAGUCGUGGCUGUGGAGAACACUGUGCUGGGCGGCAUCUGGACGCCCGAAGGUUGGAAUGGUAUCCCUGACUGCAGAUUCAUUCCCAACCCUCAUCUUUCUCUGUCCGAGCUCGAAGCACUGGAUCCGAACUCUGAGCGCGGCCGCGCGUGCACCCUCUGGGAGCAGAUGAUGGCCUGA